AUGCAAUCAGCAGAAGACGCUCUGGACUUCCUUUCGGAGAGUCAGAAACGCGGUGUCGCAGGUUUAUGUGCUUGUCUUCUACCUGCUGUCUCCGAUGGCUCGAUUGACAUAUUAUGGUCGCGAACGUACCUGAAGCUACUGGUGGAGCAUUUUUUGAGGCUUUCUAGUAGCCAAACCGAGGCCUAUUUACCCAUUUUAAUGUCGAGACAGUUGCAAUUGGCUGAAAAGAUGCACAUACCGUCACGUGGUGCAUCUCCUUUCGUAGACGACUUUGACCCCGCCCCUUUUCUGGCUCAAGUGAUGCCUAAAAAUGCCUCAGACACGACUCGAUGUUCUCGAGCGUGGACGAAACUGACGACGCCCAAAAAAGACCAAUCAGAAGCAAGGAAGCAAUUGAACAAUUCGGUUACAAGUGACGCACUGGACGAGUCCCACGUGCGCUUCUUUCGACUUCAAGUAAUCAAGAGGCUGCUGGGGGUUACGAUCAAGAGCGUGGGUUACGAUGCUCGGGCCAGAACAUUGAUGAGGAGACUCGUGCUGGCAAUGGACUUGCAGUGGGCAGACGUGACCCAGGAAGAGGAGAAGAUUGGCCAGACGUUGUACGCAGAAGCUACUGCCACGCUGCUGGUUAAGAAAGAAGGAACAAAACCAAAAGGUUGGGACUGGAAACGCCAUGCGGCAAUUGGUGCAGCAUCUGUGACUGGUGGCGCUUUACUUGCAGUGACAGGAGGUCUUGCUGCUCCUGCGAUCGCGGCAAGUUUGACAGCGCUGGGAGGAGCAGGCGUGACGAUCGGCGCUGUUGUGGGGUCUGCAACCGGCGUCACAGCAACGACAGUGCUCUUUGGGACAGCUGGAGCGGGAGUGAUGGGUAUGAAGACUGAGAAAAGGACGAAAAGCGUUCAUGAUGUUGGCUUCGAUCUCGUGUCGGCAGGGCAUGGCAUGAACGUCUACAUUUGCGUGUCGGGGUGGCUGGACGAAGAUGACCCGCCGACAAACGGAUUCCGUCGAGCGUGGGGGAUGCUAGCGAGGGCUUGA